AUGACUCAAGCACCACAAUCCCGUUCACGCUUCGUCAUGGCCUCAGUGCUCCAAAGCUUGGCAUCGAAGCCAAGAUCACAAAAACAGCCGGCGUCUGUGUCUAAUGCCAUUGCGCAUCAUACCGGGGAUAACAGACAAGGUGCUUCGGAAACCAUGGAAUCCGAUGCUAUUCAUGUUGACCCGCAUUUCAACAGGAAUAUCCUCAAAAGAUACAAUGCACAAUGUUCGACCAAAACGCCCUUCAGGGAGCCACACCCAAAAAGAGUCAAGAAGGCUUCUCCUCCCCACUGUGGGCAAUUCGUUGGGAAGGCAGAGUCGCCUGCACGACUUGCGGGGAGCGAGUGGUCGCCUGGAAGGGGUUUGGCCCUGGCGUUUUGUAGUCACAGUACCGCAAGGUUAGACUUUUUAAAGUCCAAUCCCAAUGUUUGUGCCGCGUCAGACAAGGCUCAACAGGGUUCAAGGCAAAAAUCGCAGUACGUUGGACAGUUAGACUGA